AUGGAAACCAAAGACUUCAAAGAAUUGACCCAGCACAAGGAAACCGUAGCUGACGGCUCCUCUGAGAUUCAAGUCAGCCUUGAUGGGCUCGACUCUAUCGAACAGACCCAGACGGGCAAGUUCUCAUGGCUAGUGUCCAUCACCGCGGCCAUCGGCGGCAUGCUCUUCGGCUACGAUACCGGCAUCAUAUCAGCCGUGUUGGUUUACAUCGACAAUGAUCUCGGGCACACCCUCUCCUCGUCUGGAAAGGAGCUCAUCACGUCUAUCACCUCCGGUGGCGCCUUCAUCGGUGCCAUCUUUGCGGGAGCCACGGCAGACCGCUUCGGGCGCAAGAUUGCCAUCUACGUCGGCAGCUUUCUGUUCACUGCCGGCGCUAUCAUUCAAGCUGCCGCCAACUCGCUGGCCUUGAUGACCGUCGGUCGUCUGGUCGUUGGGUUUGGCGUCGGCUCCGCAGCCAUGAUCAUUCCGAUGUACAUUGCCGAGCUGUCCCCUGCCAAAUACCGCGGUCGUAUGAUUGGUCUCGACAACAUGUGCAUCACGGGCGGCCAACUAGUCAGCUAUGGCGUCGGUGCCGGCUUCGCGCACGUACAAGGCGGGUGGCGUUACAUGGUUGGCGGCGGCGCGAUUCCAGCCAUCAUUCUGGCGUGCAUGCUGCCCUUCUGCCCAGAGUCGCCAAGACAGCUGAUCUACCACGGCAAGGAACAAGAGGCCGAGAAGGUUAUUCGAAAGAUUUUCCCCAAUGGAACGGACGAGCAAGUCCGGAUGAAAGUCCGUCACAUCACCAUCCACGUCGAAGAGGCCAAGAACAUGAACGCCGGAAAGUCGCAAUGGUGGGUGCUCAAGCAGCUCUAUGUUGUUCCAGCGAACCUCCGCGCCCUGAUUGCGGCGUGUGGACUCAUGGCCAUUAGCCAGCUUAGCGGUUUCAACUCGCUCAUGUAUUUCUCGCCGACCUUCAUGGGUCUAUUCCUGGUUGUGGCCGCGAUCGCCUUUAAAUGGAUCCCCGUCAACCAUGAUCUAUCCCUUGCAGAGGGGACUACAGUUGGACCGCCGGCCAUCAUCGUUCUCGUGAGCAUGGUGUUCUUUGUCGGAUUCUACUCCUCAGGUAUUGGCAACACAGCCUGGCUGAGCAGCGAGUUCUUCCCGAUGGAGGUGCGCGCCAUGGGCACCAUGAUGCUGACGAUGAGCUGCUGGGGUUCCAACAUUAUCGUUGCCUCCACCUUCUUGACACAGAUGGAAAACACCACACCCUCUGGAACGUUUGGAUUCUAUGCAGCCAUCUGUGUGCUCGGGUGGGUCUCGAUCUAUUUCUGCUACCCCGAGGUCAAGAACAUGACGCUUGAGGAUAUUCGCGAGGUGUUCAGCCACGGGUUCGGUGUAAAACGGGCCAGGGAGCUUCAGAAGCAGAUGAAGGCUGAUCGAAAGAUGGCAUCGGUUUCGGAUGAAAACGUCAAGGUGUAG